GGUUAUUGAACUCCAAAAAUUCUCUAUAAAUAGCAAUGCACUCCUUGCAGCCAAGCGUACACUUCUUCACACCAUUGCUUAGCACAUACAAAAUUCAUUACAUCCAAAAAAGAAAAACAUCAAACACAUUUCAAGAACCAAUCUCUAAAUUUCCACAAAAUUUCACUAUGGUGGUCUUGUCCAUGCCACCAGUAAAUGACCAAUUCUCCAUAAUCAAGAAUUCAUGUAAAACCCCUUCAUCAUUUUUCCCUUGCAAUAUUCCAUUAAUAGACCUUUCAAAACCAGACAGCAAGAACCAACUUGUUAAAGCUUGUGAAGAAUUUGGUUUCUUCAAAGUUGUCAACCAUGGUGUCCCUAUGGAAUUUAUAAGUAAACUUGAAUCAGAAGCCAUUAAAUUCUUUUCAUCUCCAAUGUCUCAAAAGGAAAAAGCAGGGCCACCUGACCCUUUUGGCUAUGGGAGCAAGAAGAUUGGAUCCAAUGGUGAUGUUGGCUGGGUUGAAUACAUUCUCUUGUCAACAAAUUCUGAUUUCAAUUACCAAAAGUUUGCAUCUAGUUUAGGUGUAAAUCCAGAAGAUAUAAGAGAUGCUGUGAAUGACUACGUAUCAGCAAUGAAGAAAAUGGCUUGUGAGAUUCUUGAAAUGUUAGCAGAGGGAUUGAAGAUUCAUCCAAAAAAUGUAUUCAGUAAACUUUUGAUGGAUGAAAAAAGUGACUCUAUUUUCAGGCUAAAUCACUACCCUCCAUGUCCUGAUGAAGUUCAAGAAUUCAAUGGCAGAAAUUUGAUUGGAUUUGGAGAACAUACUGACCCACAAAUCAUUUCUCUAUUAAGAUCUAAUAACACUUCUGGACUUCAAAUUUCACUUGUUGAUGGCCAUUGGAUUUCUGUCCCACCUGAUCAAAAUUCGUUCUUCAUCAAUGUUGGUGAUUCAUUGCAGGUGAUGACAAAUGGGAGGUUUAAGAGUGUAAAGCACAGGGUUUUGGCCAACAGUGUAAAAUCAAGACUUUCAAUGAUUUAUUUUGGAGGACCACCAUUGAGUGAAAAGAUAGCAUCCUUGGCAUCACUAUUAGUGAAAGGGGAUCAAGACAGCUUGUACAGAGAAUUUACAUGGUUUGAGUACAAAAAAUCAGCAUACAAAUCUAGGCUUGGUGACAAUAGGUUGGUCCUAUUUGAGAAACUAGCAUAACCUCAUCAAUUUUGAUAUUUUGUUUUGUGAAGUCCCACACUUGUUAGCAAGUAUGGGUUGUCAAGAUACUCAAAUAUGGGCUUAAAACAUAGUUCAUUGGAUUUCCCAUAGAUAGAAAAAUGUUUUUCUUUUUUUCUUUAUCCAUACUCUUUGUAAUUACUUUUCUUGUUAAUAAUACGAGUUCAGAUUCAUCCUCA